AUGGCAGCCACUCAAUUCGAAGUGACCCCGGAGAAGCAGGCGAGCUUUCCUCGCUACCUCUAUCGCCAACUCACAGCCACCCCACAGGUUGUAAGCGACAUCGACCUCCAUGGCAAGACGGCUAUAGUGACGGGUUCAAACUGCGGCGUGGGGCUCGAGGUCAGUCGCCAGCUGCUUGAUCUAGGCAUCAGUAAAUUGAUUUUGGCUGUGCGUGACGAGGACAAAGGUCGUGUUGCCGCCCAAGAGUUACUGGCUGAUCGGGACGACGGGACACCACCUGAGACCAUCGAGGUGUGGAAACUCGACCUCUCUCUCUAUGCGUCAGUGGUAUCUUUUGCCGAGCGUGCCCGGCAUGAACUGGCGCGGCUCGAUAUCGUUGUCCUCAACGCAGGCAUGGUGCCCGCAAAGCGUGUCGUCAGCACAUCAACUGGCCACGAUGAAAUUAUCCAGGUCAACUACAUUUCUACUGCCCUACUGGAGCUUCUGCUUCUUCCCGUGGCCAAAAGUGUACGGCAGAAUCAGCCACAGCCAACACGUAUCACCUUGACCUUGUCCGAGGUGGCGUCAUGGGCGCGCUUCCCGGUCGGCAAAGAUGUGCCCAUUCUGGCAGCACUCGACGCACCUGGUAAGCUUGCCGAUGAUACAAACGAUCGAAUGUUUGUUUCGAAACUCCUUGGCCACUAUUUUGUCCACACUCUCGCCCAAAAGGUACCCUCUUCCGUAGCUGUUGUCAACGCUGCCUCCCCGGGCGCCAUUUAUGACUCCCAAUUCAAUCGCGAAUUCGACAGGCUGCCAUCGGGCAAGGUUGUUAGAGCGAUUCUUCGUCGUGUAGGGAAUUCGUCAGCGGUAGGUGCACGUAUGGUGACGGACGCGGCGGUCCAACACAGAGACGACGAAGUCCAUGGAAAAUUUUUGUCUUUCCAGAAAAUUGUACCAAUGCCUCCCAUCAUUUACACAGAUGAGGGAGCAAAGAUUUCGGAUCAAUUAUGGAGGGAGACAGGGGUUGAGCUAUCAUUCGCCAAAGUCGCCGAGAUUGUGAGGGAUGUAGGUGCUUAG